CCCACCCCCACCAACAGGGACCUUAAGCAUCCAGCCCCUCAGGACAUACGAGGCAGAGUGGAGAUGGCCCCUAGGAGACAGAGCAGCUGCACAGGGCUCAGAUGCUGGGGUCCCAUGUCCUGUGCCUGGGUCCUCAAUGCUGAGAUCAGUCUAGAACCAACUUCAGUCUAGGUCUCAAGCUCGGUUCUUGUCAGUCCCUGAAUUCGCUGUCCACCUGCCUCUGGGUCACUGUUUCUGGAGCAGAAAGCUGAUUGUCAGUUUCUGUGACAUAGACUCCCUGAGACCUUCAGGGACACGGGUCUUCCCAUCUCCAAAGUCACCCUCCAACCUAACCCAAAUACCAUGUUAGCUUCUCAAGUAAUGACUUUCUCUCUCCUGCUUAGGUCCUGCCACUGAACAUGGGGCUGGCUUAUUCAAAGGAUCACUAUUAUACAGGCUGUUCUCUAUCCAGAGACAAUGAGACCAGAACAACAAAUGUGUGUGUGGAAGUUAACUGACAUAUUACUAAAUAACUCUUGAUUUGAAAAAAAAUUUUUUAAGUAUUUAGAACUGAAUAAUAGCAAACAUACUACAUUUCACACACACACACACACACACACACACACACACACACAAGUGUAUGUAAAAUCUGGUGAAAACUGAAUAAGAGCUGUAAUUUAGUUAAGUUUAGUUACAAUGUCAAUUUCCUGCUUAUUACAGCUAUACAGAAUGGCCCCAUGCGGGACCAGAGGAAGGAUUUAAGGGACUCUGUGAACAAUUUUUGCAACUUCUUGUGAGCCAAUAAUAAUUUCAAAAUCAAAAGUUUUUUUAAACUACAUGUCAAAAUUUGAGAAACAACUAGAUCAGUAUUUAGAUGUAAGUCUAUAAUUUAAACGCAUUUAUCAGAAGCAUUAAAAUGUUUAUGAGUUAACUCAAGAAGUUAUAUAAGGAGCAACAAAGCAUCCCCCCCAAAAAGGGGGGGUAUAAAUAAAAAUAAUGGCAGAAAUCGAUGAAAUAGAAAAACAACAAAAAAUUACAAAAAGCUAACAUUCAUUCUUUGACAAGAUUAUUGAGAUAAUUUUCCAGCAAAUCUAAUCAAGAGGGAAAAAAGUGAAGAUGCAAAUAAAAUACAAAGUGAAAAAUAGGAAUUAACAGACAUCAUAUGUUCUAAAAGUAAUAAAAGUAUCAUUAACAACUCUACAUUUAUAAAUUUGUAAACCCAGAUGAAGUGGAUAAAUUUCUAAAAUAUAAGAAAUGCCAAAGUUGGCAUAAGAAGAGCAUAUGCAAUGUCUUAAACCAAUGAAAAUGGCCAAGGAUCUCAGGCAAAUUGACAAGAAAAAAGGGAUCAAGCCCAGUAGGGAAAUGGGCCAAGCGUGUGAAGAGGGACUUCUCAGAAGAGCAAACCAGAAAGGCUAACAAGCAUGUGAAGAGACACUGGCGCUCAACAAUAAUCAGAGAAAUGCAAUAUAUCCCAACGUACAGCCCUCAGACUGGUGAGGACUCAGAAAGCUGGAAGAAUACAAGCACUGGUAGGACUGCGGGGCUAGAGACCCCCGUGCACUGCUGCUCAUGGGAGUAGUUGGGGCGGGGGAUAGGGUCCUCUCCUGCCCCUGAAGAAUGGGGGAGUUGAGAGUUCGGAUCAAUGUCACAGGCCCAAAGUAUCAUUCAUCGUAUGGAGGAGUCUGGCAAUACUUAGUCAAAUUAGGUUUACAAAUAGCCAUUUCUGAUCAUCCGAGGUACACAGAGCAGCAAUUUCCACCUUCAACUACAAAGGAACACAUAUGAGGAUGCAACAUUGUUGUGGUGACAGUGAGCUGAAGGCAACGGGAGACCUAGUAAACACCCAGCACGCAGGGGUUGUACACCAAGGAACAGCAUGCAGCGCUUAGAAACAACUGGUUAGAUGUAGGCAUCACUUGCACAUGCAUGGACAUCAAGGCACAGUGCUGAUUAUUUUAAAUAGUAAAUAACACUAUCACUUGCAUAAAUUAAAACCUCAUGGACAUAAAACACUGCACAUCUCGCAAGAACACACACAAACCAAAGAUAUGCAUCACCCACCUGAAAUGAGUACCUAUGGGACAGUUAGGGAAUAAAAAUUGGGAAUUGAGGAUUACUGGAAAGAAAUAAAACAUUGUAGGUGAUACAAAUUCAUAGGCUUUGGACUCAAAGGUAGAUCAAGGUUGAAAACUUUACCCCUCCACUUACUAGCUGUGCAAUCUUGUGCAUCAUAUUGAACUCAUUUAUAAAAUGUAUUAAUAACACAUUUCAUAGAGUCACUGUUGAAUAUUAAAAAGAUUAUUAGUAUGAAGUGCCAGGCAAGUUCUAAGCUCUCCAAAAAUGUUGGUUCCCCUAUCUCUCCAGUAUCUAAAGGAUCAAGGUUAACCUCUUUGCUGGCAUUCAAGCCUCACAUACACCCCCACCCUCCACCCCUAGAUUGGCCCCAAACAACCUUGCCAACUGUUCAGUACUGCUCCCUUGUGCAGCAGUCCAGCUAGAGGUCGCUUCUGCCACACUUUUCUGUCCAGAAUGCCUGGCACACAGGCUCCGUAACCCAGAAAUCUGUGGCAAACUAAGAGGCCGAGAUUUGCAGAAAAGAUGGGACACAGAAAGGGGGAAUGAAGGCUGAUGAAGGAUCACACAAAGGCGUUGGGCCAAGAAGAUGGCCCACACCAGCCCAGACCGCAAAACGACAGGACCCAACAAUCUGAGCACAAACAGGGACACAACCAGAAGAGUGCGAUGAAAUCCCCAAGGAAAAAAGGACAGAGCAGUGGUCAGAGGAGAUGCUACACCUACAAAAGUGAAACCACAGAAAGAAAGAAGAGCAAACUGAUAGAACGGAAAUCUGCAGGAAGACAGAGGAGGAGCAGCAGAGAGCUCACAAUUGGGAGUGGCAGAAAAGUGAGGAGCUGGGCACAAAGACCGGGUUCUCGGGGAAAAGAGGAGACAAUCUUAGAGGCUGAAAGACAGAAAAGGAGACAGGGCGAGAUGUAGAGAAAAGGGGACAACACAGGAUGGCAGGGAAACUGUGAAAUGGAUCUAAUAGAGGGGCAUGGAGAAGGCUAAUUACAGAGUGGAGCCCUGAGAAUGGGGUGAAAUCGGGAGGAAGAUGAACACAGAGGGUGGAAACGGCUAAGACAACAGGAAAACUACAGAGCGUCUCAGGAAUGGAAGAAAGGCGGAAAGGGGGCCAGGCUAUGAGGGAAUGAGAGACGUAGAGAAAGGGGGUUGGAAAAUCAGCAGGAUGGACAGGCAGAGUCUCUGAGAGAAGGAAAAGUCAAAUUUAGGAAAAUCAGCACCGACACGGACACGGAUGACAAGACACAAGGAAAGGGGUGCAAGCUGAGAAGGUGGGACUCGGGAAGGAAACGGGGAUAGCGCAGGAUGGGGAGCACAAAAGGAGAAGGGUCGAUCGGGAGCUGGGACACCGGGAGAGAAAUGAGAGAAAACAGGCGUUCACGCAGCAACGAGGACUCCCACCCCCACCGAGAGCGGAAUCAAGACCAAAGGCUGAAGACACGCAGCCCUGCAGUGUAGGCGGGAGGGCGAGACUGCGCGUGCGCGAGUGGAUCCCGGUCAACGCCGGAUAGCCGUUCCUGGGGGGAAGGGCCAGCCUUGUCCUAGAAGCCGUAUUCGACGCCCCAUUGGCCACCUCCCUCAAAAGGCGAAGAACAAUCUGGAAAGGCAAAUCACACGGGGAGGAAGAAAGGGCAUAAGAUUCAACUCGACGCGCUAUUGGCUGGUCUGAUAGUCCAGCGCGAGGAGAAGUGGGCCAGAGGUAAGGGGCGGGCUGUCAGUGCAGGAUUUUGAAGCGCAUUGGCCGCUCGCCUGGCAGCAGGAGGCGGCGCUUAAAGUUCAUUGGUUCUUGUGAGAAGGGGCGGGAAAAGUGUCGCGAGUGCGGCGGUUUCUAACGCCACAGGCUCAUUGCCACCUUUCGCCUCUUCUUGACUGAGUCUGACUCCGCUGGAGGCUGUGGUAACCGCGGGCAGACGACGCAAACACGACCCCUCCCCUCCCUGUCCCUUCCCCUCCCUCUCUUGCGCUGGAUCCGGGCCCGAAGCAACCGCUUGCCUCCCUCUAGAGCCCCUGGCGCCCCCUUCCACCUCCGCCACCCCGCGGCCCCUCAGCGCGCUCCCCGAGCCCCGCCCCCUCCCUGGGACCCUGGCGCGGGGCGGGGCCGCGGGCCCAGCGUUUAUGGGGACAGCGGCAGAAGAGGGUGCACGCGAGGAACAGCUGCGUGGGGAGGUGGGGCGGGCGAGGCGUGAGGCCAGUUGUUGCGUGUGGGGAUAGGCUCGUGAAGGCCGGGCGCAGCGGCUGCACGAGCUUGCCCUUGUUUGGAAGGCAUGUGGUGCAAGAGAGGAAUUCGGGCCGCAGGGAGAGGACUAGGGUCCAUAUCAGGGCCUGGCACAUGGAAGCGGCUCAGUAAACCUUUGCUGAGUGAAUGAAAAUAAUUCUUGAAAGUGGGGGAAAGGAUCUAUGAAAAUAAUGUAAUUACUGGGAUACAAGGGAGUGAUCUGAUUAAAAGAGGUGCUGGGAGAAAUUGAAUUGCAGCUCAUACAUAAGGCUAAGAGUUGAAAGGUGAGCAUAAAAAUAUGUGUAGAAAUUGGAUAAAUGCAGGAGGGAAGGAUGAUCCCUGUUGAAGAGGACACCAGGGAAACUGCUAGAAUGGGGUAUCGGUGGAAAGCGGGUGUAAACUGUUGAAGGGGGCACGAGAGUACGGAAGUAUGCCUAAAACUGGGAUUUGAGCUUGGGAGGAUACAGGUGAGCAGAGGAGAAUAAUGUUUGGAUUGAAAGAGCCUUAAGAAAGGAAAAAGGAGAGAGGUUCUUGGGAAGGAAGAGUGCCUGGGAAGAAGGAUGCCCGAGGAGGAGUAAAAAAGGGAGAAAGCCAGGGGAGAAUGAGGGUGAAAGCUGAGUCCGGGGGUGGGCACAAUGGAAAACCCUUCCGGUGUGGCCUCCCAGAGACAGGAGGGCUGGUCAGGAGAGGGCCCAUGUGGCCAUCCUGACCCACCACUCCUGCCCCUAGAUCCAUGGAACCCAAUGAAAUGCCUGCUGUCCACCACUGCCCCUCAGACUCUGCCACAGAGGGUGAGACCAGAGCCCCCCAGGGCAUGGAGCUGAUCCCCAGGAGAGCUGUCAGUCGCUCUCCAACCUGCGCCCGCUGCCGCAACCAUGGUGUUACUGCCCACCUCAAGGGCCACAAGCGCCUCUGCCUCUUUCAGGCUUGCGAGUGUCACAAGUGUGUCCUCAUCUUGGAGCGCCGAAGGGUCACGGCUGCCCAGGUGGCCUUGCGUAGGCAGCAGGAGGCACAGCUAAAGAAGCACCUGGCUGAGGGACUAAUGAGGAGAGGCGCAGCCCCUCCCAAAGUUCCCAGCCGAGUCAAGAAGGGAGUCAUUCGAGCAGGGGUCCACUCUGGAAAGGAGAACAUAGCACCCCAGCCUCAGACCUCCCAUAGGGCAGUCCCACUGGCACUGACACCCCCUGGGAAGGAGAACUUCCGGGGGCCUCUGCUCCUCAGCCGUCCCACAGAAGCUUUGCCUUUGCCCUGGACUCCACUGCCUCCAGGCCCUUGGGCCCCUGGACACUGGCUAUCUCCUGGCCUUUCCAUGCCAACCCCAGUGGUGUGCCGCUUGCUAUGCCAAGAACCUGCUGUCCCUCUGCAUCCCUUCCCUGGUUUUGACCCUGGCUCUGCCCUCCGGCUGCCCACUCAUGGGCCCUUCCCAGCCUGCCCAGGAUCUCGCCCAAUACUGAUGGCUCCUCUUUCUGGAGAAUCCCAAGGGCCCUCUACCCUGCCCCACACAUGCUCGACUCUGAUACUGCAGCCCUGUGGCACCCCAGACCCUCUUCUGCUGCAGCCACAGGCCCCUGGAGCCUCUCGCCUGGCCUGGACCUCUGCCCACUCUGAGAGGCAGCUGCAGCGGGAGGCAGCUGAGGCUCUUGUGGGGCUGAAAGAUUCACCUCAGGCUCCCCGCCUGACCCCUUCUGUUCCCCCCAACCCUGCCUGGAUCUCCCUGCUCCAUCCCUGUGGCCCCUCAGCUUCUGCUGGAGGAAGAGGAUUCCAGCCUGUUGGCCCCUCUCUCCGACCCAGCCCAGUGCCCUCUGUGGCUCUGCAUAUUGGACAUCUGGGGUCCAUCUCCCUCCUAAGCUAGAAGCUCAGAGGUGAAGGCUUCACUUGGGCAGAAGGCAACAGCCCGUAGGCACUGCAUAUUUGGUAUUUUACUUGCAGAUUAAUGCAUGGAAUGUAACGUUGUACAAGCUUCAGGCUUUUAAGCUUUUAGGUGCUUUGUUGGCUUUUGGUUCCUGUGUAGCAUGGGCAUUUCCUUGGGCAAAGGUGGAUAUUCUCUUAUCCACCUUGGUUCCUGGGACCUUUUUAAAUCUCCAGCAAAGAGAGAGUUGUGCGGUUUAAGCUAACCAGUAUCUAAAUAGAUUUUUGCAUGAGUUCAUGUUCCAGGGUAUUUAUUUGACACAUGAUCCUAUACAUACCUGUGCACUCAUGUCUGUCUCCAUGCAUGCAAAAACAGAAGAGUAUUUCUUUUCAUUUGGUGUCUAGGUUUGUGUGAGUAAGCAAGAAAUAAACCUGUGUUGUUUUAAGCCA